AUGCUGCAUCAGAGAGAAAUUGCGGCAGUUUCGGAGAAGGUGAACCGGACGAAGAUAUUGCUGUUGGAGAAUGUGGGGGAGACGGAGAAAUUGCUGUCCAACAUGGAAAACUCCAUUGAAAUGGAGCUGCAGCGCCAGAAAUCUACAUCGAUCUUGGUCCCGCAAGAAUAUAGAUGCCCGGUUUCGAAGAAAAUCAUGACCGAUCCGGUGGUGAUAGCAACUACCGGCGUGGAGUGUUCAGUGGGGGAGACAUUGAUACCAAACAAAUUGGUACAAAGAAUCUUGACUUCAUGCUCAGAUAAUGUCAUAGAUCCCGAAGCAUAUAAUUCGAAUAAGGAAAAUGAGUCAUUGUCUAUUGGAGACUUGCGUUUGUUCUCGGAAUUGAAGAAGAAGUUGUCUCUGUCCCAUUCACUUAUUCAGAGUGAUGCUGUUAAACAGUUGUCUGUAUUGAUAGGACAAGUGCCUGCUGUCAAGGUGCUAUUAGCUGAAUCGGGGGAGGCCGUCUUACAUCUGGUGUCAACCCUCUAG